AUGAAAGAGAACCGGACCACGGCCAAGCUCCCAGGCAUUUAUACUAUCUUAUGGAAAAUAUGCUCUUAUAGUGAGGAGAAGUCCACAGAGCUUGGAUCUGAGUCCAGUCUCCUGGAUCCAGAAAGCCUCCACUCUCAAUAAGUAGUCUUGAAGACCAUUGGCCGAGGAGGCUGUGCCAAAGUAAAAGUGGGCCACCACCACCUCACAGGUACCCUGGUGGCUGUCCAAGUACUUAAAAAAAAAAAAAAAGGAAGCUGUGGUGCUAUCCAGUCAGUCAUAUCUGAGGUAGAUAUGAUGAUGAUGACCAAUCACCCCAACAUCAUCUCAUUCCUGCAAGUGAUUGAGUCUGAGAAGAGAACAUAUUUCAUCAUGGAGCUGGCUGAGGGACAACAGCUUUAUCAAUAUGUCCAAAAGGCUGGCCACCUGCCGGAAAAUGAGGCCUGGGGGAUCUUCAGGCAAAUACUAAGUGCUGUGAGUUACUGCCAUGAGCAGGGAAUAAUUUACUGGGACCUGGAACCAGACAACAUCAUGGUGGAUGGGAAGGGAAAAGUCAAAAUCAUCGACUUUGGCCUUAGCACCCAAGUCAAGCCUGGGCAAAAGCUUAACUUUUACUGUGGGACCUACCCAUUUGGUGCCCCUGAACUCUUCCUCGGCAGACUUUAUGAUGGCCCCAAGGUCGACAUAUGGACCUUGGGAGUAGUCUUAUAUUUCAUGGUAUUAGUCGGUGAGGUCCCAUUUGGUGCUGUCAACAUACCGGAGCUUCGGAGGCAGGUUGUGUCAGGGAAGUAUCCUGUCCCCUUGGGCCUGUCAGUAGAACUCCAGGACCUGCUUAGCCUCUUAAUGACAGUCAACCCCAAGCUUAGGCCAACAGUGGAUGAAGUGAAAACACACCCCUGGCUCAGGAAAGACACGGAGGCUUUACCAAAUCACUGUGAAGAAAUGGUCCCCAGCCUGCUUGACCCUGCAAUUGUGAAAGCCAUGGAACAUAUUGGGUUCCAAGCCCAGGAUAUCAAAGAUUCAUUACACCAGAGGAAAUUCGACCAGGCCAUGGCGUCCUAUUGCUUGCUGCAAGGGCAGGCUCUCCAGGGGCAUGGCUGCACAACACAUGCUCAGGCCACGAAUCCAGAGGUGACACCAUUCCCUUCCCUAGAGAAUCCUAGCAGCAUCAGUGAGGACACAGAAGACAGCUCAUGCUUCCACAGCACCUCAGCAGAGGGCAAGUCCACCCACAGCCAGGGCCAGCGCAGAGGCUUGAGGGCAUGGACAAGGAGGAUAGGAAAUGCCCUCAUGAGACUGUGCUGCUUCUUCCCAUCAAAGAAGAAAUGUCACCUGUUGCCCUCAGAAAUGAGGCACAAGGAGGGCGUCUGGAGAACAAGCAGCAGGAGAAUUGGCCCUGUGGUGCUCAAAAGUCCCAGGAAAAGUAACUUCACUCCCAGCACCACCAAGUCCUUAAAAGUGUCUUUGAAGGGAACAAGCUCUAAGGUACUUGAAGGGAGGAAAACACAGAACCUGAGUGUGGGCUUCGGAUCCUUCUGGAUCCAGCAGCAUUUUAAGAAGGACCAGUGA